CCGAACACUCAAGCGUGGCCGCGCAGCGCGAGCUCGAGCAGCUCGUGUGGGGGAGCUCACGAACACGCAGGAGCGGAUCGUCGGGAUCAUACACGCAGGAAAAACACGCGAAUGUGAACGUAGUGUAAAGGAUGAAGGAUGCGCUCGCGGGGAAAGGUCGCGAGAAUCGCAUGAAGAAGAGUGUGAGGAAAUCUUCAUCAGAUCUGACAGGGAUUAACACACAGACACACACAUCAGAGCUGUUUGAGCUGGGAAAGGGAAUAUCGGGAAUGGGGAAUUGGAUAUUUCACCAAAACAGGAGAGAAGAUCCGACGAGACUAUCGGCCAGUGAAUAGGGAUUUGUCCGGAGGGGAGAAGAGAGUGAAUGUGUGUUUUCUUCAAUGAAUGAAGUAAGUAGGCGGCGUUUGAGACUGGUCUGAAGACAGGAGAAACGUGCUGGGAGUUUCUCGCUCUACAUUGGCAUCUAGCAGCAGUGGCGGCCAUUUUUAAGGACCAUGUGGUUAACGGUACGCAAACGGCAUUUCUUUUCGCACCAUCGUGACUGCUGUGGCAGCAGAGCUAAAGUUUCUCUAUGGAUAUGGAUUUUUUGCUAUUGUGCGGCGCUUGUCCGAGGACAGGGCUAUUACCCUACCGUGAACACGCAGUAUGGGAAAUUACGAGGGGCGCGGGUUCCUUUGCCCAGCGAGAUCCUGGGACCGGUGGACCAGUUCCUGGGCGUGCCGUACGCCGCCCCUCCAGUGGGGGAGAAACGCUUCCUACCACCCGAGGCGCCCUCCUCUUGGUCAGGGAUCAAGAACGCCACUCACUUCGCCCCGGUGUGCCCGCAAAACAUUCACAACGCUGUGCCGGAAAUCAUGAUGCCCAUCUGGUUCACCUAUAAUUUGGAUAUAGUUGCCACGUAUAUACAAGAGCAAAACGAGGAUUGUUUGUAUCUGAACAUCUACGUUCCAACAGAGGAUGUCAAAAGAAUAUCCAAGGAAUGUGCCAGAAAACCCAACAAGAAAAUUUGUAGGAAAGGAGGAACCCAUUCGAAAAAACAGGGCGAGGAUUUAUCAGAGAACGACGGUGAUGAAGAUGAAGACAUACGAGAUACUGGAGCCAAACCUGUGAUGGUCUACAUUCACGGUGGGUCGUACAUGGAAGGCACGGGGAACAUGAUCGACGCAAGCGUGCUGGCCAGCUACGGGAACGUCAUCGUUAUUACUCUCAACUUUCGAGUCGGCGUUUUGGGGUUCCUCAGCACAGGAGACCAGGCUGCUAAAGGGAAUUAUGGGCUUCUGGAUCAGAUUCAGGCUCUGCGCUGGAUCAGUGAGAACAUUGGCUAUUUUGGUGGUGAUUCCAAUCGCAUCACUGUUUUCGGAUCAGGAAUUGGUGCCUCUUGUGUGAGCUUGCUGACGUUAUCGCACCAUUCUGAAGGACUCUUUCAUCGUGCCAUAAUCCAGAGCGGCUCAGCCUUGUCCAGCUGGGCCGUCAACUACCAGCCGGUUAAGUACACAAGGCAUCUAGCGGAGAAAGUGGGCUGUAAUGUGCUUGACACACUGGACAUGGUGGAUUGCCUGAGAAAGAAGAGUGCUCGCGAGCUGGUCGAACAAGACAUCCAACCGGCGAGAUACCACGUGGCCUUUGGACCAGUCAUUGACGGCGAUGUCAUUCCAGAUGACCCUGAGAUCCUGAUGGAGCAGGGCGAGUUUCUCAACUAUGACAUCAUGCUGGGCGUCAACCAGGGCGAGGGCCUGCGAUUUGUGGAGAACGUUGUGGACUCUGAAGAUGGUGUCUCGGGCAACGAUUUCGAUUUCUCCGUCUCGGACUUCGUGGACAGUCUAUAUGGUUACCCAGAGGGAAAGGAUACUCUACGAGAGACCAUCAAGUUCAUGUACACAGACUGGGCCGACAGAGACAACCCUGAGACGCGCCGCAAGACGUUGGUGGCGCUGUUUACUGAUCAUCAGUGGGUGGAGCCUUCGGUGGUAACAGCAGAUCUUCACGCCCGCUACGGCUCACCCACCUACUUCUACGCCUUCUACCACCACUGCCAAAGUUUGAUGAAGCCCGCCUGGUCAGACGCAGCUCACGGAGACGAGGUCCCCUACGUCUUUGGUAUCCCCAUGAUUGGACCAACAGACCUCUUCCCCUGCAACUUCUCCAAAAACGAUGUGAUGCUCAGUGCCGUCGUCAUGACCUAUUGGACAAACUUCGCCAAAACUGGGGAUCCCAAUAAGCCAGUGCCUCAGGAUACGAAGUUCAUCCAUACUAAAGCCAAUCGCUUCGAAGAGGUGGCCUGGUCUAAAUACAAUCCUCAAGACCAGCUGUACCUGCACAUCGGACUGAAGCCACGUGUCCGGGAUCACUACCGUGCCACUAAAGUGGCUUUCUGGAAGCACCUGGUCCCUCAUCUGUACAACCUACAUGAUAUGUUUCACUACACCUCCACCACCACCAAAGUGCCACCACCUGAGACGACUCAAAAUUCCCUUUCCACCAAGCAGCCCAACAGAAAGGCCUGGCCGUUCAACACCAAACGACCUCCCAUGUCUCCGGCCUACAACAGCGAAAGCGGGAAGGAACAGUGGAACGGAGAAGAGGAACCAGGACCUCUGUUGGUGGAGAACCCGCGGGAUUACUCGACCGAGCUGAGCGUGACUAUCGCAGUCGGGGCUUCGCUCUUAUUCCUCAACGUUCUGGCAUUCGCCGCAUUGUACUACCGCAAGGACAAACGUCGGCAGGAACAGCACCCGCAGCCCAGCCCGCCCCGAUCCGCCACCGGCAACGACGUCAACCGGCAUGGCCCCGAGGAGGAGAUCAUGUCUUUGCAGGUCAACCAGUCGCACCACGAGUGUGACGCUGGGCCGCCCGGCGACCCGCUCCGGCUGGCCUCGCUUCCCGACUACACGCUGACUCUGCGCCGCUCGCCGGAUGAUAUCCCGCUCAUGACGCCGAACACCAUAACCAUGAUUCCCAACUCGCUGGUGGGAAUGCCUAACCUACAUCCGUACAACACCUUCACAGCCGGCUUCAACUCCACCGGCCUGCCGCAUUCCCACUCGACCACGCGUGUAUAGCUUUACGAAGAUCCGGAUAAAGGAGGGGGCGAGAGGUUUCGGGUUUUACGUCACGCCGAGCGGAGAGGAAUAGAGACAUUGAAGGAAACAAAAUCAUUUGAGUAAACGAGUGAAAGAAGUUCUUUCCAGAUGUCAAGAUGUGCAAACCUGCCAAAACAAAACUGCUCUCUUUGAAAAGGGGCGAACGUUUCAAGCAGUAUUUUUUCUAAUCAUCAUUUUAAAAGAAAAACGCCUUUUUAAGCAGAACCGGGCAAACAAGGCGAUCACUUUUUCUUGAAUAAUUAACAAAAAAAAUAAAAACAAAGGAAAGUGCAUUUUAUUUCCCAUCACAAUCUUUUGUGGGAAACAAGUUUGAAAACAGUGCCAUCUACAUCAUAUCGCUUUUCAUUAUCUUUUAAAUGCCUUAUGAAGAGCUUGUUUUCUUUCUCUUUAUUCACUUAUCUAUCCCUGAGAUGAGUUUUUGUGUUGCGAUCUGACUGGGAUUCCUGGAAACAUGGAAAACAGGGAAUUGAAAUAGUAACAGCAGAGCAUUUUCAUAACCUCACACGUGAUGUUUUAACUUCUUUUCUUGGUUCCACUGAAAAUCCUUUUUCAGUUUGAAACUUUGCCAUGGGACAAGACUAGAGACUUUUAAACUUACUGUAACUGUUUUGCAUCUUUUACAACAAAAAUGGGAUCUUCAUGAAAUGCACACAGUGUGUGUGUGCGUGCGCGUGUGUACAUUUGAUUUCCUCUUGCCAUCAUUUUUUGUUGUUGAAUAUUCGUGUGAUAAGGGUGGGGCGGGGGGCUGGGGGUUCUUUACCAUCGCAUUGAUUUUGUUUACCACAAAUAGUGUUUCAACUGCGUCUAUGGUCGUCUGUCUUUGCGAUAUAGAACCUUUUUGUUAUUUUUAAAAAGUUACAUAUGUCUAAUUUUGCUUAAGAAUUACAAAAUAAAAGUCUAUUAUUUUACAUGCAAGAGAAAACAAUAGCUUAAGAUUGAACUGAACUAACAGACAUGAUUCUCCAUUUGACUUUGUAAGCGUUUUUCUCGAUUGGAGACAGUGGCCUCGACACACUGAAUAAUCCGUCAGUGUAGACCUGUGUUUCCUUAAAUAUAUAUAUAAAUAUGGGAAUACAUACAUAUAUGUAUAGGGCUUUUAUGAAGAUUUACCUGAACGUGUAAAUGAGCAGAUAUUAGGCUGAAAGCACCAAUAUACAGAGCAAGGCAGAGCGAGUUAGCAUCUGUACUAGUUUUAUCCUCAACACCAUAAUCUGAGGCCACAACAAGUGUCUUUUUAAUAGCUCUAUAUGUAUAUUUAUGUAUAAAUAUAUUUAAUAUUUAUUUAUGUAUACCAGAUGUAUACAUGCUGAUUGUGCCAUGUGCCAAAUUAAACCAUAAAACUGGAGAAGAAAUGGUUUCUGAAAAACGAUUUUUUAUUUAAAUGAACCAGACGUACAUUGUGUUGAUUGAUAUUUAUGAAGGUUUAAUGACAGUUAUUAUUUAAUCUAGGCCUUCACGCUGCUGUAUGAGUCGACCAUUAGCAAGCAAAAGAAAAAAAAACAAUCAAAAGCUUUUAACGUUGGAUGAAAUGAUUUUGAUGAAUGCAAUUUUCAUUCCUCCGAUGAUUUAUUAAGCUGUGUUGGAUAUAUAGAAAGCCCUUUUAUUCUUUUUACAUCACAGCCUUGCAAAACCAUAAUGGUGGUAUGGGGAGGAAUAUUGUUAUUUUAGAAACACCCCUCAACUGUUCAUUUAUCUUCUAAUACUUGAUUUUGUCAAAGCUGCACUGAUUUGUAUUUAACUUCGUCCUAUUCGUAAAAAUGCUAAUCGGAUGAAUGAACGAAUCAGAGAUCCCACAAUAAACUGUGAUAAAUCCAGAGACAGGUGUGCAUAACACAGUAAAUGAUCUUCUCUGUUGAUAAUCACACACCUGCAGAUCAAAUCUAAGGAUUUGUAAUUGGGUUGCAGUAUGUUGGGAGAGUUCUUGAGCUGAGUUAAACACCUGCAAACCAAACGCUUGCAUUUUCAGAACAGCUGACAGUUAAGUUAAAAACCCAAGCAAUAAAGAAGAAAUAUAUCAACAUCCCAGAUGGAAAACAGCAUAAAGCCAUAAACUCCUAUUUAAAUUUCAAGGUGGGUUACUAAGAGGUGGUGCACUUUAAAUGCCUCCUGUCAUUUGUUAAAGCUGUCAGACUGUUAGACAUUAACAACAGCUUCAGCUCAGGCUUUAGUCUUCUAGACAGU